AUGGCCAUAGACCGCACCUCGCUCUCCCUCUGGGAAAGGGCCGGCGUCCUCGCCGCGCAGCUCUCCGCCGCCGGAACCGCGCUCUACAGCGCCAUCACUGGAGCCUUCCGCGGUGAUUCUGGCGCAAGUUCUUACAAGCUUCAUGUCGGCAAUGCGAUGAUUCGAUCGCUGGUCGGCCGAUUGAAUUCCAAACAGGUUCAAUACGUCUUUCCCUCCACCAAAUCUGCGUAUGAAAGCUUCAUGAAAUCCAGAGGUCUUGAGCCGGAAAGUGUGACGCUCAAUCAUGGCGCAAAGGGCCAUUGGAUCGGGAAUAAGAACGCGAAGAAUGUGGUGAUUUAUUAUCAUGGAGGAGGCUUCGCCAUCCCCGCCUCAGUAGAUCACUUCAAAUUCUACACCUCCAUCAUCGACCACCUCAACGCUACAAGUACUAGUUCCUCCGACGACAUCGCCAUCUUCUUCAUCGAAUACACCCUCACCCCCCACGAAACCUACCCAACACAACUUCGCCAAUCCAUCACCAGCCUCCACUACAUCCUCACCGAGACGCACCGCUCGCCAGCAAACAUCAUCCUCGGCGGGGACUCCGCCGGCGGAAACCUCGCCCUUGCCGUGCUGCUGCACCUCGCGCAUCCGCACCCGGACCUCGAACCGUUAGGCCCCCUCCUUGACGGCCAGCCUCCGCUAGCGGGGGUCUUUGCCUUCGCGCCCUGGGUCAGCUAUAGUCUGGAGUGCGCGACGUUCACAAAAAACCGCGAGAAGGAUAUGAUUCCCGCGGGGGUGCUGGCCGAUUGGUCGCGUGGGUAUCUUGGUGGUGCUGGGAAGGAAGGAGAUGCGUGGAGUGAGCCGGCGAAGGCGCCCGUGGAGUGGUGGAGGGAUGCGAGAGAGAAGACAGACAGCAUGCUGUUUUUGGCGGGGAGCGAUGAGAUCCUGUUUUCGGGGAUUGAGGCUUUUGUGGAGAAGGUUAAGUCAGUCGUCCCAGACGCCACAUUCGUCGUCGGACAUGGAGAAACGCACGUUGCGCCGGUCUAUAGCGGGUCGUUUCUCAGCGAGGAGACGCAGCAAGGCAAGGCAUUGAAUAGCUGGUUGGCCGCUCGUCUUUGA